AAACAAGCAACCAUACUGAAAUAUUUUGCGUCCAUUUAAAAAAUCCUGUUUUGAAAGUCGCUGCGCCGCCUCAUCAAACUUUGUUGUUGCUGCUGCUUAGCUGCUUUUGCAAGGAGUUUCCUUGCUCUUUGCUUUCUUCAUAAACAAAAGCUUUGCGCUGCCUGCCAUCAACUGCAACUAUUGCUUCCAGACACAUAAAGCUAUAUAUAUAUAUAUAUAAUUAUAUAUACCUAUGCCAUAAAAUAUAGCCGAUGAUCAAAUUUUAAAGAACAACUGCCUUUGUGGUUCAUUUUAAACACAGCCUAAGAGUAGGCAACGGAAACAUAUCAGCGCAUACGCAUGCCAAUAACAAUUUAUGGAACAAAAUUUAACUAUAAAACUAACAACAACAACACCUCAAACCAAAACACGCGCCACUUAUGCGACGCUAUAAAACGGGAAAAUACUACAACUGCAACCAUAUUGCCAAACAACAUGUGGAACGCAUGCGCACAGCAGUGACACAAACCACUUACUGAGCUGCCAUUGCGCUGCGUAUAAGAGAGCAGAAUACAGAGCAAAUGCAGGCUGCGAUCUCAAUGAGAUAGCGGAACGGUUUUUGCUUUUGAAGAAUUGUGGCCACGUGGAUUAAAAUUUGUUGAGCAGCAUGGAUGCUCCCGAUGCCGUGGGACGCAUUAUAAGGGCGCCAGCUAGACGCAAACGGAACGAUGAACAACUAAUGGAUAGGAUAAAACUCAAAAAAGUGCUUGGCCUGACUGUUUGCAGCAAUGCCGCAUUGGAUGUAUCGCCCGUCAGCGGCCUGUUGGCCUAUCCAGCCGGCUGCACCGUCGUGCUCUUCAAUGCCAAGCGCCACACACAGGCCUAUCUGGUCAACACCUCCCGCAAAGCAUUCACAUCCGUCGCCUUCUCCCGCUGCGGCCGUUACGUGGCCACCGGCGAAUGCGGCAUCAAUCCCGCCAUCAAAGUCUGGGAGCUGGAAACGCCCAACGGCAAUCUGGAGCAUUGCAGCGGCGGCAAUGUGAUCGCCGAGUUUGUGGAUCACAAAUAUGCCGUCACCUGUGUGGCCUUCUCGCCCACGGGCAAGUACCUGGUAUCGGUUGGCUCGCAGCACGACAUGAUUGUCAAUGUGUUCGAUUGGCGGGCCAAUCUGAAAAUGGCCUCGAAUAAGAUUAGCUCGAAGGUGGCUGCGGUCUGUUUUGCCGAAGAUGGCAGCUACUUUGUCACCGUGGGCAAUCGUCACGUCAAAUACUGGUACUUGGAGGGCGGUCGCAAGUACAAAGAUCCCAUUCCACUGAUGGGGCGCAGCGCCAUUUUAGGCGAUUUGCGCGACAAUGACUUCUGUGCGGUGGCCUGCGGAAAGGGUAUCUGCUCGGAGAGCACUUAUGCCAUAACACGUCAGGGCCAUCUGGUGGAGUUCAGCUCGCGUCGGCUGCUGGAUAAGUGGGUUCAGUGUCGCACCACAAAUGCCAACUGCAUUUGCGUCAAUGAGCGGUUCAUACUCGUCGGUUGUGCCGAGUCCAUAAUUCGGAUUUUCAAUGCAGCCACACUGGAAUAUGUGACGACGCUGCCCCGUACACACUACCUCGGCGUCGAUGUGGCUCAGGGCAUACAAAUCAAUCACAUUAUGUCUGUGCCAACACAGGCAAAGUUUCCCGACUGUAUUGCCAUGGUCUUCGAUGAACAGCGAUCCAAGGUCAGCUGCGUCUACAACGAUCACUCCCUUUACAUUUGGGAUCUGCGUGACAUUUCCCGUGUGGGCAAAUCGCAUUCCUUCCUCUACCACUCCACGUGCAUUUGGGGCGUGGAAACUGUGCCAUAUAACCUGGAGCGUGAGCCGUCGCACACGCUGCCCGAAGAUUGCUUUGUAACCUGCUCCUCAGAUGACACCAUACGUGUCUGGGGGCUGGAUGGUUGUGCCAAUAAUGAAAUCUAUCGGAAAAAUAUCUACUCCAAGGAGCUGCUGAAAGUCAUUUACAGCGAUGAGGACCUGCAAUUCAUUAAGGAUCAGGGCUCGUCGCUGACGGACAAGACGGGCGGUUCCAGCUACGAUGGUCGCAAUGGUGUGCGCUGCAUCAAGAUAAGUCCGGAACUGCAGCAUUUGGCCAGCGGCGAUCGUUGCGGCAACAUUCGCGUCUAUAGUCUCGUCAAUCUGCAACUGUUGACCACCAUCGAGGCGCACGAAUCGGAAGUUCUGUGUCUGGAGUAUUCCAAUGAGAAAAUAGAACGCAAGCUACUGGCCAGUGCCAGUCGGGAUCGUCUUAUUCAUGUCUUCGAUGUGUCGCAGAAUUAUUUGCUCUUGCAGACCCUAGACGAUCACUCAUCGUCUAUAACGUCCAUAAAGUUUGUGGGCUCCGGACUGAACUUCCAAAUGAUAUCGUGCGGCGCAGAUAAAUCCAUUAUGUUCAGAACUUUUCAGGGCAACAUCUUUCUGCGCGGCACCAACACCUCAGGCAAAACAACGCUCUACGACAUGGAGGUGGACUCCAAUGCCAAGCACAUACUCACCGCCUGCCAGGAUCGAAAUGUGCGCGUUUAUGGCACCCAGAAUGCCAAGCAGACGAAGACGUUUAAGGGCUCCCAUUCGGAUGAGGGCAGUCUGAUUAAGCUGAGUCUCGAUCCCAGUGGCAUUUAUGUGGCCACAUCGUGCACGGAUAAGACCUUGGCCGUCUACGAUUACUACUCCAGCGAGUGCAUGGCUCGCAUGUACGGACACAGCGAACUGGUCACGGGUUUGAAGUUCACCAACGAUUGCCGCCAUCUGAUCUCGGCCAGCGGGGAUGGCUGCAUUUUUAUUUGGCAAGUGCCACACGACAUGAUUGUCACCAUGCAGGCCCGCAUGUCCCAACAGCGCUUGCGUUCCGGGCACGCCCCGCUGCAGCGACCCCUCGCACCGAUUUCUCCGCCGGAGGGCAUUGUCGUGGAGUCGCCAACCAACGAGUUGGUGGAACAUUUGGGCGGCAUGCCACAAAAGUUUGUCACACCGCAGGCGGGCUUUGCGGGAGAUUCGCCACCGACCCCCGGCUACAGACUCUCAGAUGUGGGACAAUUGCCGCAGUGGGCCAAACGUAAGGUGGCGGACUCAGACAGUGGCGCUAUGUCCAUCCCCACGCCGGGGGUAAGCGCCUCUGUCGGCGGUGCGGCCAUGCAUGCGGCCUCCUCCAUGACCAACCUCAGUUCGUCGCCUAGUCAAACCCAGCUGGGCGUGGCACCACGCCCCAGAGGUCGUUGGGCACAGCGUAGCAAUCAAUUGGACCCGGAUGAUUUACGAUCGAAUUCGGAGAGUCCGCUGGGCACCGUUUCAUCGGUGGGCGGCAUCAGUGCCACCACUGUUCAGACCUCGGACUACAAUAGUGCCUCCUCUAAGGACAUUAUGUACAAUCAGACCUAUUUGAGCGAAGAUAGCUCCAUAGACUCGGGCAUGGAGACGCGUCGCGAGCUCAAGUUCAUAGGCAGUAGCAAUAAUGGCACCGUAGCUGCGGCCAGUGCUGUUAAUAACAAUGGUGCCAUGGUUGGGGCCCAGCAGCAGCGACUGCAACCAGAAAAGCGGAAGGGCCUGCGCUUUGACACCCACACGCAUGAUCAUGACGGGGAUAUAGAGGACAUAUCGGAUGGCGAGCGAACUAGCUCGGAUCACGGCAUGUUCUACAACAACAUCUCGCCCAGCACGCCAACUGACUUCAAGGUAACGGCCAUGAACGAGGAUGAGCUGCGCAAAUCGGUGCGUCGUCAAAAGUUUGAGAAAACCGGACUCCAGCUGAGUGGCAAUGGUAGUUCGCAUACGGCCAGCACUGGAACGGGCACUGGCACAUCGGACACCGAGGACGAGGGCUCCACGCCGAGCGCUGAGAAUGCCGAACGCUCAUUGGCCUCAACAUUAGGCGGCAGCUCUGAGAAUCUGCCACAGAGUGGAAAUAGUUUUCUGCACGCAGCACUGCCGGAGGGACCCGGCAUGCUGCUGGAGCGUGGGACGAGCAGCCGUCGCAGCAUCAGCGCCAAACACAAUACUGAAAAUGGCAAAGGCGUCUCCGCAUCGCCCACCAUAACCAAGUCAUACACCAGCACCAAGAAGGAGGAGCUCCUGCAGGUCAUCAACAAGGUCAAGCAGACGCUGGAGAAUGGCCCGCGUAAAAAUGGCAUUAAAAAGUUGAAUGCCAUACUGGAGGUCGGACACAGGCCGCUGCGUGGCAGCCAUAGCAUAGCUGAUCUGAGCAUGGCCGGAAACUUGGAUGGAUCGCGUAAUGUCGCCGGCUCGGGACGUUACACAAAGCCGGUUGCUUCCCAUGAAAAUUCACAGUAUAUUAGCCCAGCUAUAGCCACCCAGCAACAACAACAACAACAGCAAUCACAACCACAAACAGUGAGGCAAAUUCAACACCAAAAUCAAUACCAGCCUGUCCAAAAACAACAACAGCAACAACAACAACAGCCGCCACAGCAACAGCAACAACAAUUCUUCAACUGUGCCGCACCCAAAUCGAAGUUGCAGCAAAAUUUCCAAACCAUGCGUCAAGUCCAGCAACACUAUCCGCCCUACCCGCAUCAUGUGGGCGUCCAUCAGAUACAUCCACCACCGGGGGUGCCCUUCAUGCAGAAGCCGACUGCUGGCCGAACAACUCAGACCGCUCCACGUCUGGGGGCUAAGCGUAAUCCGGCGGGCAAUUCUCGACGAACGCCCAGCAUACUCAAGCACUAUAAAUCGUGCCCGGUGUCGCCGGUGCAUGAGGAGGUCGAGUGGUCGGGAGAUAACGAACGCACCGUAGUUGCAGAGCCCAAGAGGCAUUCGGUCUAUGCGGAUGAUGCCCGCACCAUCUUGGAUAUGAUACAUGCGGAUACGGAGAAGAUGAUUGAGGAGAUAACGCGGAAAUACGGUGAUCUGGAUGAUGUGGACAUGUGCGAGAGAAGGCAAGUCGGCAUGCCCGCCUCCUACUCGAUGCCCUCGAACUUGCGCGGUCUGGGCUCCACCGGGGAGUCGACACCGACGCGCACCCCACCCCGCGGCAACUGUACCCAAUACUACACCGUCUAUCGUGAGAUCUAUCAGUGUGAGCGUAAGGUCUCGCUCUCGGACAUCCUACAACCGGAGCAGUUCGCGCAGCAGCAGCAGCGGCUGGAGGAGGCGCGCUUCCUGGAGACUCAGCGCCAUUCGAGCGCCAGUUUCUUUCUCACAUCGCAGCCCUCGCAUGAUCGCAUGAGUCAGGAGUCGCUGUUGAGUGACGAGAAUGGCGGUGGAAGCUAUUGCAAUAGCUUGGAGAGCGUGCUCUCCGAUGAGAGUGACUGCAAGAGCGCGCCCCUCGAACCGCCACCCGUGCAAUUUCAGAGGCAUGCGGGCAUACGAAACUUUAUCAUACACGGCCCUGUCGCCCAACAGCUGUCCAAGUCCUACGGCAGCAGUCCCAAUGCCUACGGCAGUUUCGAUUACUAUAUGCAGCGGGGAGUAGCGGGAGCAGGAGGAGGAAUGGGAGUAGGCAGCGGCGCCGGCGGCUACGAUAGCUUUGACAUGUCUGGCUACAAUUUGGAGCAACUUAAGCCGCUGCCUAGUUCCAAAACCUAUCCACGCAUUGCUCCCCCAGCAGCAACUACCACUAGCGCUGGCAAAAUUGAGGAAAUACCCACACUACGCUCCAAAAAUAAACAAUACAAUUCGGGAGUUAACAAGAGUCUGAGCACAGAUUUUGCCCAACAACGCCAGCAACGAAACUCCAAUCCCAUGCAAUCCAACGAAUUGAUGUUUGUGCGAAAACCCGUGAAGCCCAAGCCUCCCAUACCUGCCAAGCCCCACAAUUUGGUUUCCACACUCACGCACUGCGUCGAGCAUAAACAGAGUCCGAAACGCGUGACCAACUCACGCACGGCGAGUGUGGUGCGCCAAUUCGAGCAUAAUUUGCAGAAAUUUGAGCGCGAAAAGCAGCGACAACAACAACAGCGACCCGUGCCCACGGCCAUGCGAUCUUCGGUUAGUAGCGGAGCUCUGGCCACCCAGAGUUGUCUGAAGAAAGUGUCACGAUUCGACACCAGUGAGAGUAAUCGACGAGCCACGAGCAUGCGCCAACGAGCGAGGCCCAAAAUAAGUGUUCGCUUCAACACCGUCUCGCAAAUCAAAUACACGCCCAGUGCGAAGCGUGUGGCUGGCGGUGGUGCCGCAACCGCAACCACAACCACCCGACCACUGAACGACAUCAACAGCAAUGAGGCCGACACAGAAUUCGAGCCCGAAUUCGAACCCUCACCCGAGCCCAUAGUGGGCAGCCUGCCCAGCGAUUAUGGCGGGGAACGUACCUUCGAAAUGUAUUUCUCGGAAAAUGGCAACGCCGGGGAAAACAUGAAUAUGGACAGUCUGAAGCUAUACACGAAGCCCGAACUGCAAUCUGUCGUCGACGAAAUACAGCAGGAGCGCGCCAAGCAUAAGAAAAAUCUAGCGAAUGUGGAACGUAGUGUCCAAAACAAUUCCACCACUCAUCAGUGUCAAAAUAUAGCCAAAAAAAUAGAUAUAAUCGAGAAGCUGAUUGCCAUGGAGGAGCGUAAAAUGGAACAGAUUCGUUUGGCCACCGAGACUCGUCUGCGUCCCUUUGCUUGCAAUUCCAAGCAAAAAGGUUACGUCAAGAGUCUGACGAUGAAUUUUGAUAUGCUGGCCAAGGGUAUGGAGCGCGAGGCGGAAUUGGAACAGGAGCAGGCACAGGCACAGUUCCAGGGCAGUGAUGGCAACGAUGCCGAUUUGUGCGCCUAUGCGCGUCAUAUUAGACGCAAUUGUAGUUUACCGGAUGUGCUCGAAAGUGCCGAUUUUUCCGCCUACCAUCAUCAGCAGCAUCAUCAUCAUCAUCUGCACCACAAUGUGGAAUUGGCCAAGGAGGUGAAAGCCGAUGAUGAUGAGUUUGGCGCAGUUAACGGCAAUGAUGCUGAUGAAGAUGAUGAUGAAGAUGAUGACAAUGAUAUUGAGGAUGAUCUACAAGGCAAUCCCAAAGCCCUCAACCCCAUGCCCAUUGAGGAAUCAUCCAUACGUCGGGCCUGCUCACUAAGUGAUCUGCAUAUGGGAAACUUUGGUAAACCAAGCAAAUCUAGCAGCAAUCAGUUGCAGAAACCGUCAGUGCAGCAUCGCAACAGCAGUGCCACACGAUCCGCCAGUAAGAGGAACAGCUUGCAGGGCAAAUCUCUGGGCAGUGGUCUAUUGGGCGCCUCCAGUAAUUCCAUGAAUGUGCUCAACCAAGGCAGCGACUCCGAACCGGAGGAUAACAAUCGUUUGCGCAAUGCCACUAACGGACAAAGUCGUAGCAAUGGACCCAUUGCUGCCAAUCGUCAAUACGGCAACAAAGCAAACAAUGUCAACAAUAAUCGUCGCAAGGGUCCCAAUUUUAGCAACGCUACGCUGCAAGACGACUCCAGUUCGGAGGAAACACCCAAUAGUACCAGCAACAAUAAGCCCAUUGUACCGCCCAGACCCAGAAACUUGGGCUUUGAUCACAAGAGCAAGCUUCUAAAUCACAGCAACAGCCCCAAUGCGGUCAAGCAACGUGGUGCGUUGGAAACUUUGGAGUACGAGGGUCCAGAUCCUGAGGCGCAGGUUCACAAUGUCAUAAAUAAAUUGUAUACAACAACACAAACGGCGAUGCAACUGCAUGCCAAUCUGAAGAAUUCGCUGCUUUUGAAGGAACUGGAGAACGCUGUGAUUAUGUCGCGCAAUAUGCUCGGCAGCAUAACACAAAAUCGGCCAAACGAAAAGACGCUUACAAAUCAAACAAACAUGCAUGGCGGCGUUUAUGGCGUCAAUGAACAAACGACAGCAACAACAACAUCAACAGGAACAACAGGAACAGGAGCGACAAGCAACAAUCUUGAUAAUGGCGACUAUCUGAUGAUGGUCAAUAACUGUGCCGAUCUUUUGAGCAAUUUACGCACGAAGCACAAACCCGAUGACUGUGAGAAUAACUCCUAGUGUGUAGCGCUUAGUCUAAGCAAUAAUGGCAACUAAAUGGGGGGAACUAAUAUUUAUUAAACAAUUUGAAAAUGCAACCACAACAAAAGGCAAUGGAGGAAACACCAACCCUAACAAAUAAUAACAAUUCAAUAAACAAACACUAAACUCUUAUUGUAAUUAAUAUGCAUUAAUACUAACUACAAUUAAAACCCCAUUAUUAUUAUUAAUAUUAUAAUUAUCUAUUAUUAUUACUAUAUUGUUAUGUUAAGUGUUUAGCUAAGUUCGUAGCUCAUAUGUGAAAUGUGUUGAUUGUGAAGAGUUUGAUUUUUUUUUCGUGCGCGUGCAUUUUGUUUGCAUUCAUUUGAAGAAAUUUGAAGAAAUGGAUUGCUUAGCUUAAAUAUAAUUUAGUUUUUAAACCAAUUGUGAAUGUGAGAAGCAACAACAAUUUCUACAAUUAUGUGUAUAUGUUAAGUGUUAUUUGAGUUCUAAGGCACAUAACGGUGUCGAUUGUUACGUUGAGUGUAAGAGCUCCCGACUUUAUUGUAAAGUGCGCUUAGUUAAUGCCUUUGUUCAUUUGUUUCCCGAUAAUUAGUCAAAAUGUACGAUGGCAAACAUUUUUAGCAACUUUUGAAGCGCUCUUGUGUCAAAUUGAAAAUUCCAAUCCAUAUAUGUAUAUUUAUCUAUAUGUAUGUAUACUCACAUUAUAUUUAACAACAAACAACAUAUAAGUGCUUAUUAAUGGCAAAAAGAAAGAAGAAAAUGUUGAUAAAUGGUGUGUCUCUAUUUCCUUACUUGUGCCUAAAAAAUAUUUUGGAAUGUGGCGCAGAAGUACGUCUUUCUCCGAAGCACUUAAUGUUUAAUUGAAUAGUUAAUUAUUAUAUUUGUAUUUACGACAAUUAUACAUAUAUAAAGCUUGUCUAAUUUGUAUUAGUCCUUAAAUUUACAUAACAAUAAUUUACAACUAACUGAAAUGUAUUAAAUUUAACUUAAAUUAGAAAAACAACCAUUAUGCUAUUUCAAUUUAAACUAAAACAAAACAACAACUAAUUAAAAACCAAUAACAAUAAUACAUAAUGCAUAAUUUUUGAAAAUAUUAAACACGCUUGUUUCUUUUCAAAGCCAAUCGCCAACUUCCAGCCAAAUAGUCCCUAUUUAUUUGGCUGCCAAGUUGAAAACAAAACCCAUUAACUGCUACCACACAUCUCUGGCAUAUGCGCGACAUAUGCCAACAGCUGUAUUCUGUAUAUAGUAUAUAUCUAUUCGAAUAUUCCAUAUUCUUAGAUGGGUAACGGCCAAAAUAAAAACCAAAUAAAACAACACUUAAAACUAACUAAAACUAAUCCCCAAACAUAACUACAAAUUGUACAAUUUUUGAG